AUGUCCUGUGUGUGGCCACUCCUCCUGUCCCUCAGCCUCCUGCCCCUGGUGAGCCCCCAAGAGCUCAAGAGUCAGGAGGUGACCUUCUCUCACAGCCUUCGGUUCUCCAGGAAGAUUCUGAGCCAAGUCCGCAGCCUGCUGGUCAAAUACAAAGAGCAGCAGCUGAGUGACCAGUUUGAGAAUCACAACAUAGUCCUGCGAUCACUGCCCAGCGCCAACACCGCCUACACCCAGUGGGUCAACAUGAAGGAUGGGGAGCGCCUGACAGCCUCAGCCCGAGACCUGCCGAUAUUCUUGGAUCACGUGAAAGCGACAAGGAUGUACCUGGAAAGACAGGAGAAAGGGCAGCCGUCCACUCUGACCCAGGCCAUGACGGACAUCCAGCUGGACCUCCAAGACCUUGUCCAGCAGAUAAAAUCACAGCUGCUGGCCAUGAACCAGCCCACCCCCCAUUCGCCCAGGCAAGGCCUGCUCAGCUCGCUGGUGAGGGGCAGCUCGCCCUGGGAGAGCCGGCUGCAGGGUUACAUCGUGCUGCGGGAGCUGGAGUCCUACAUGAGCAGGGUGGCCCGCGACUUCGCGCUGCUGCGGGCGAAGCCCCGGAAGUGAGAGGCCCCCUGGGGGCCCACAGGCUGCCUCGGCCUGUGAAGUUUUUAUUUUCACUAUUUACGUAUUUAUUAUUUAUUGACUUAUUUAUUGCGAGACAUCAGGGAUCUUCGGGAAAGUUCCGAAAUGGCAACACUGACGGGUUUUCGUCCACGGCU